UCAUCCUGAUAUGUUUUGGCCCAACCUUGGUUUUCUUAUUCCACUUGCUGAACCAGAUACGAAUAGCGAAGAAGAGUCUUUGGAACGUACUAACUGGAGCCAAGUGACAGUUGACAUGGAAAGUUCCUGUAUUGAACCGUAUAGUUAUUUAGAUAUUGUUUCAAACCAAGAAGGGGAAUGGAAUAAAUUUCCGCAAUGUGAGGAAUAUAAUGGUUUGUUGGAAAGUUCGCGCUCGGAGUUUGAGCCAGUCCCCAUAGAUGGUGGGUCCAGUGAAGCUCAUAGAGUGCUGUUGGAAAAUAGCGUGGAGACUAACAACUAUGAGAGUUUGACUUGUCAGGAAUUGUAUAGACCUUCGUAUUCUGUAGAAGAAGAAGACUUGUAUUCUUCACAAGUCUUUGAUUCUACUGUACAUAUUCCGCCUCCAGCAACGGUGGUGUUUGCUGGAAGUAUCUACGACUCGAGGAAACCGAAUGGUACUCUUCCGAAUAGUGAAAGUGUGAGUUGUGAUAGAUAGAAUGUUGUCCUUUGCAAAAUA